AUGGAGGCAAAACCAAAUGGUUGUGUAGGUGACCUGAAGAAUGAUCUGAACGAAAUACUUAAUGUAGUGGUUGUUCCUGAUAUGUCUGGAAUGAUCGAUGAACAAUGCAUCUACAAAGUACCACCAAAUAUUCGUGAAGCUAAUCCACAAGCUUAUACACCUCAAAUUAUUUCCAUUGGCCCUUUUCACAGUCCACUUGGUUCAAGUAGGGACAACAUUUUGCACAAAAUGGAAAAACUCAAAUUCAAAUAUUUCAAAGGAUUUGUAAAUAGAACAAAGGUAUCUGUGGAUGAUUUAGUUUUCAAAUUUCAAGAGUGGGAGGAUAGAAUCAGAAGUUGUUAUGCCGAGCUUUUUAGCUUUAACAGCAAUGAAUUCUUAAAAAUCAUUAUAGUUGAUGCAUGCUUCAUAGUUGAACUUUUUAUUAGGUUUUCUCUAUCCAGAUAUUGGAUACAAGAUGACCCUAUAUUACAAAGUCAUUGGUUACGUAGAGACAUUGCACGUGAUCUAGUACUCCUUGAAAAUCAGCUACCAUUUUUUGUUCUUCAAUAUAUAUACGACUUAUUUGGUAUUACUGAGUUUGGUACAUUUCUUCAGAUCUCUAUAACCUUUUUUAAACCAUUCAGCCUCAACCUGCCAUACUUAAGUUCAGAAAGAGUAGAGUAUCCAAAACACUUCACAGAUAUGUUAAGAACAUUUUUGAUGCAGACACAACAGAAUUAUAAUUUUAAUUUUGAUUUUGAUGAUCGUGUAAUUGGAUUGAUUUUGAUGAUCGUGUAA